CAUAAGAGCGUACAAAUAAUUGAGCAUGUGAUAUAUGUGGGCCCAGUCUCACUGUGGUCGUUCGUGCUGUUACCGUUAAUCGCGUGUAGACCGAAGCUCAACUCUUAAGCAAGAUGGAUCCGGAAGCGUUUUUGGAUGUGGCCAAUCAGGUCAUAAAGCUAAAAAUGUUUCCGUUUUUUGAUAUUGCGCACAGUUUACUUGCCGCGCUGGCCGUGCGCGAGGAUUUGGGCGCCAAUGCUCAGGCAUUCUCACGUAAACAUCCCCUCGCCUGCUGGCUAUCCACAAUGCUGGUCAUCUUCGCCGGCGGCAUGGUGGCCAAUGGACUGCUCGGUGAGCCAAUAUUGGCGCCUCUUAAGAACACUGGACAGCUGCUAGUGGGUACGGCGGUGUGGUACAUUGUGUUUUAUACACCCUUCGACAUAGGCUAUAAGGUGGCAAAGUUUCUGCCUGUGAAAAUAGUUGCCAGCGCCAUGAAGGAAAUCUAUCGCGCCAAGAAGGUCUACGAUGGCGUUGGACAUGCAGCCAAGCUAUAUCCCAAUGCUUGGAUUAUCAUGAUCAUCAUAGGCACACUUAAGGGCAAUGGUGCUGGGUUUACCAAGCUACUGGAGCGGCUCAUACGAGGUGCCUGGACACCAACGGCCAUGGAAUUCAUGCAGCCUUCCUUCUACACCAAAGCUUCACUGCUGGCCUCAAUUAUUUUUGUGCUGGACAAGAAGACAGACUGGAUAUCAGCGCCACAUGCCUUGGUCUAUUUCGGCAUUGUCAUCUUUUUGGUGUACUUUAAGUUGUCUUCCAUAUUGCUGGGCAUACAUGAUCCUUUCCUGCCUUUGGAGAAUCUCUGCUGUGCCAUAUUCUUUGGCGGCAUCUGGGAUAGUCUGGCCAAAAUUUUGGGACGUGGUCAGGCUAAAGAUGGUGAUAGUAAAGAUGUAAAGAAGAGUAACUAACUCCGUCAGGAGCUAGUUUUUGUAACUUAAAGACGCUGCCAACCAAAUAACGAACGAACAUAUUUUUAUGUCCCACACAUUGUACAAAAAAUUUGCACAAAAAUCAAAUUCAAUGAUGGGCGGGCCCAUGUGGGUGUGUGCGCGCCCAGACAUUGACUUGGAUUGACUCCCAACUGUAUUAGUGUGCCCUUUUCCUAUUUUUUUUGUUGUUUUCUUUUAAGUUUUGCGAACCUUUAGUUGUAUAUAAAUACAUACACACACACAAACAUACAUAUGUAUAAAAAGGAGACAACAGAAAGUAUCGAGUAUCGAUGCCUAAGUCAAUAAUUUUAAGAUCAUUUAACGAUGAAUUUACUUGCAAUCGGUCUGUGAAGUGUAAUUUUCUACAUUUGAGCACGUGUAAUGCAAUUUUCAAACUUUUGUAUGAGUUACUGAUAAAUGGGUUGCCAAAAACUAACAAAUAAAUAAACAAAACUGUGUGAACCGAGCUGAAAAUGUAA